UGGACUGAUUGGGCACGGUCUCUUGGAGUUCCUUGGGCUAGGCCUGAUGCUGCCCCUGCUGGGUGAGAAACGUCCCAAGGAUGGCUGCUUGCUGCCUUUCCUCGUAGGAGGAAGCUGCCUUGCUGGGUCAGACCCGGCAUUCACGUGCUCCACCAGCUUUUAACAGUGGCUUCCUUGUUAGUCGUCACCGAAAGCUCCCUCCAAGCUAGGGACUCCAGUUGUCUCGUACUGGCUGCUCCAGACAGAUUUCCCCUCAGCCCAGCCCCAAACGGCCGCUGCUGGUCACUUCCCAGUAUGGUGGUCCCAUGAGCUUGUUCUGCUUCGUGUGAAGUGUUUUUCUUGAGCUCAGCAGGGCCUCUUCCACCCUGGCGCGCCUUGCAGAUUUCGUGUCUCAGAGAUGCUCCUUGGCAGGGGGCAGAGAAGGAGAAACGCACUCAAAAGAAACUUUCCUGGCACUCGUCAAGACCGUCUGUGUACAGAAUGUAGCCAGACUAGGAGGGACCAACAUCAGGUGAUUUCUUGGGCCAGGACAGCCGGGCAGGGAGGCUGCCAGGGCCCAUGAGGAAGUGGCGGCUGUGCCGCUUGGCAAGGCUGCUCUGUCAAAAUAUUUGCUAAGGAAGUGCAGGAGCUUGACUCAGGAUUAACUACACACCCAAGAAGUUGUGGUAAACGUUGCUCAGAACAGAGGAAGGCGUGUAAAACCUUUGGGAGCAAAUGUUGCUGAGAAAGGAAUGCCAGCUGCAGACCCUCGCUGGUUCCUGAGACUCCCUCUGCUCGAAGGGUCUUAGGGUGGAGCUGAUGUAGAAUCUGAUCGCGGAGCCACUCCAAGGGUAGGGCUGGAGAGAUCAAUCUUUCCGAGGGCGUUGAGCCGUCUUCAUGGCUUCAAGCAGCUGGGACCGGGCCUUCUUCUUGCCAGCCGCAGAUUGCAGCUUCUCUGGUCGCCGAAGGCAAAGAGCCCUCACAGUCCUUGCUGUCCUCCUUUUCUUGCCGCUCUCUUCCGCUUCCAGCUGUCCAGAUAUUUGCAGCUGUUCCUUGGGGGAAGUAAAUUGUAUGGACCAUAGGCUGCGUUUUGUACCUGUCCAGCUGCCGACAAACACCACCACCCUUCUGCUGGACUAUAACCGCAUUGCUGCCCUCCGGAACCGCACCUUCGUGACCCAGAAAGUCUUGCGUCAGUUGAGUCUUCGCAGCAACGUCCUGGCCAGGAUUCACCGCCUGGCCCUGGUAGGCCUCAGUGAGCUGCAGGAACUGGACCUGAGUGAAAACUAUCUUAGCCUCUUGCAUCCAGAGACCUUUCUCCCUGUGCCAAGCCUGAGGACACUAAAACUGGGGAACAACAAGCUACUGAGGCUGGAGCCAGAGAUCCCAGGGGCCCUUCCCCAUCUCAAGGCACUCUUUGUCCACAGCAAUGCUUUGCCCUCCCUCUCACCUGGCUUCUUCGAAAACCUGCCCUCCGUGUCUUACCUGACGCUUGAGGACAAUCCCUGGACGUGCUCCUGUGGCAUCCGGCCCCUCUUCCAGUGGCUCAUUAAGAACACGGACAAAGUACCAGAGGUGAAUUCAGUGACUUGCAAACGCCCCGCAUACCUCGCCCAGUAUCCUGUCUCCGCCCUUGGAAACAAAUCUUUCGCACGCUGUCAGGAGCACUGGACGCAUCUCCGAGAUUACACCUUCUUCCUCCUCAUCGGCCCGUCCACUUUCCUGGCCAGCAUUUGUGUCUGCAUCCUUGUUGGCUCGCUGGCAGUGGCCCGCCUGAAACUCAUGACAGGCUCAUACGUUUGGCUGUGGGCUCUGGUGAGGCGUGCGGGGAACCCCCUGCAGUGAGCGUAUUUUGCUUCCAAACAGUCAUUCUUUUGCACUCUUUGCCCUCUCUUUGCUUGCAGAACUGCAGCAUAAUAGCUGUAUAAUUUCUUUCCGUUUCACGUGUUUUGUGUAUAAAAACCUUAAUCCUAUCUCAGCCGGUGAGUGGACCUUGAUGGGAUGGAUUUGAACUUGUACAUACGGGCCCCUAUCCAAACAGCAACAUUAGGAAUUCUGAUAUAAGAGCAGUACUUAUUUGCAAAACAGGUGGUCCGACAGAGGAAAUGCCUGUGGCCGUUCUCCCACCGUGGUGGGGCACGAGGAUCGUGCUGAUGCUGAAGCACCCUUUCCACAGAAUCUGUGUGCAUUUUCUGAAAAGAAUGGUGCACUCUUCCAUUUUCUUCCUCAGCCUGGAGUAAAGUGUUAUGCAGCAAUCGCCCCUCUGAAGAUUUGUCCUUCUGUUCAUCAUCUUGGUGCCUAACAGAUUCUCCUCAGAAAGGGAGAUGAGAUAAAACGGAGGCUGCCAACUCAAGGGUGACCAUGGCAUCUCAGUGUCCCUGGAAGUUCCCCUGGUGUGCUCUGUGCCCCGUACUCUUUAUACAGCACUUGUAAACUUCCCUUGCUGGCUCUGCGCAGCCAGAGGUCACUGUUGUUCCUGGUUUAGUGAGUGACAGCCAGGAUGCGGGUGAGAUGCAAGGUGUGCUGUGGGCAGAAGUCUGCGUUUGAGCGUGCGGGUCUGCCUGGGGAAGUUUACAGCUUCCGUUCUGAGAAAUUCUGCCCAGUGGGGAGAGCAGUGCUGGACCCUUUGUCCUCAAGAAGGUAAGGUCUGAAUGCCAAGGUAUUCUGCCCCCCAUCACAUGUAGCUCUUGUGAAACACACCAUUAUCAGACCCAGGGACUUCCCUUCGCUCUUCUUGGAAAGGCACACGCAAGAGAUGACCCAGUGCUUCCCAACUGGGUCCUGGCUUGCCUGGGGCAGGGUGGAGGCGGGGGCUCCCGGAGCAGCUUCCGAGUCUCAACAAGAGCGGAGGGGCUGAACAUGCGGUGUGAAGCCUAGCUUGUCAAGGGAACCAGGGGGCUAGGUUGGCGCAACAAGAACUGACCCUGCACUGGAGGGACUGGGGCAGCUGGGCAUUGGGUUGGCAGCAUCGGAAUGGCUCAGGAAGAUGCUCAUCUUCUAGACUGGCACUCAGAGAAAAGCCAGCUCUAUCUCUGCUCCCUGCCCCCCCCCCCGAGACUGCAGAAUAAGCACUAUGGUUGGACUAGGUGGAUGUGACUAUGCGGUAGAUAUUUGUGUUUUCUGAAACCAAAAAAAGGCACACUUUUCCAUUUUCUUGCCAGAAAUAACAAACCCAUAGCUGGGCUAUGUCUUGGGUUUAGCCGGUCCAGCCAGGACACAGGUGCUAGUGCCUGCCUGACAGCUGGACGCAUGUGAUCUGGGAGACCCAAUCCCAUCUCCUGCUAUGUCCUGCCAUUACUUCUUCAGGUGGGCAGAAUUAACAGAGGCCCACUUCCUGUCUUCCCCCAGAAGCCAGCCUGGUCUUUCUCUCUGUCUCUUUUUCUUUUCUUCCUUCGUGGGCAAGCGCAGCCUUCUGUGUUUCCUUGGCUUCCAGAGCCUACUCCAGGCAACCCUCCUGCUCCUGCUGGGCCUUUGGUGUCUGCCGGCGGCUUCCAGCUCCACCUCAGGUGGCUACUGCAGCUUGUCAGGUAUUUUCAGUAUUUUCCAAGGCUCCUGGGAAGUCAACAGUCGCUCUGCACACCUUUGGGCCCUCUUUUUACAGCUGCACGUUCUAAAAGUUCCCCAAACUGUGCUGGGUCUGGGGAACCGGAUGCAAAUCCACAGACCAACAUUUCCAUUGUUCUCAGUGCCUGUGAGGAGCAAAGACUUUUGUGGAGGCAACGAGAGGUAGCCUAUAUUUUUCCUCCUCGCUCUGAAUUUAAAUAAAGGAGAAGCAUCCUUGCAGACACACAAGCACACACGUGCAAGAAGAUGUCAUUUUAAAUUAAUUGAU